AUGGUCGCUCCAGCAAUUCGAGUGGCCCCUUCGGCCGCGAACCGCGCCCUAAAUCUGUUGAAGACAGUGCAGUACACACACCCUCCAAACUGCCCCUGCCACUCCAACCCCAACCAUCACCACCACCAUAAGACCCCCUCUAUGAUGCAAAAUGCCCGCCGCCAUCUGGCUACACCGGUGGACCCCUCGCGGGAGAAGGAGUACGCAUUUGAGAUGGCCGCGUCGAGCAUCCGCUUUGGCCCGGGUGCAACCAAGGAAGUCGGCAUGGACUUCAAGAACAUGGGUGCCAAGCGUGUGUGCAUUGUGACCGACUCCAAUGUCGCCAAGUUGAAUGCCUUGAAGCAGGCGGUGGAAGGCCUGAGCAAGGAGGGGAUCCAGUUCACCAUCUAUGACAAGGUCCGCACAGAGCCGAAAGACAGUUCGAUCAAAGACGCAAUUGCCUUUGCGAAGCCCUAUAAACCAGAUGCGUUCCUCGCAGUCGGUGGUGGCUCCGUCAUUGACACAGCCAAAUUGAUGAACUUGUACAAUGCCUACCCGGAAGCAGACUUCCUGGACUUCGUCAAUGCUCCCCUGGGCAAAGGUCUCCCCGUCGACAAGCCUCUCCUGCCGCUCGUCGCCGUCCCCACGACAGCGGGCACAGGGUCCGAGACGACCGGCACCGCAAUCUUCGACCUAGUAUCCAAGAAAGCGAAGACAGGAAUUGCUCACCGCAACCUCAAGCCUACCCUCGGCAUCUGCGACCCUCUCAACACCCGCACCAUGCCCUCGGCCGUCCACGCCGCCUCCGGGCUCGACGUGCUCUGCCACUCCCUCGAAUCAUGGACCGCAAUCCCCUACAACGAGCGCACGCCCCGUCCCACCAACCCAAUCAACCGACCCGCCUACCAAGGCGCAAACCCCAUCUCCGACAUCUUCUCCCUGCAAGCCCUGCGCAGCACCGUCAAGUACCUGCCGCGCGCCGUCCGCGACCCGGACGACCACGAAGCCCAGUCGCAGAUGCUCCUCGCAGCCACGCUCGCCGGUGUGGGCUUCGGAAAUGCAGGCGUGCAUCUCUGCCACGGCAUGAGCUACCCCAUCUCCAGUCAGAACAAGGGCUACAAGCACUCCGGCUAUGAGGUCGAUCACCCUAUCAUCCCCCACGGCGUGUCCGUCGCCGUGACGGCCCCGGCUGUGUUCAAGUUUACUGCGGCGUCGAAUCCGGACCGCCAUCUGGCGGCUGCGGAGGCCUUCGGGGUGGAUAUCUCGAAUGUGAAGCGGGAAAGCGCGGGCGAGGUGCUUGGGGCCGCGAUUGCGGAGUUCUUGGUGAAGUUGGGGGAUCAGCCGCGCGGAUUGAAGGAUCUGGGCUUUGAGGCGGGCGAUAUUGAUGGGCUGGUUGAAGGGACUAUCCCGCAGAAACGGGUGUUGAUGCUUGCGCCUAAUUUGAGCGAGGAGCUCCAGGCUGAGAAGGGUGAGCUGAGGAAACUUUUGGAGGAAUCGUUGGCGUACUAG